AUGAUAGGACACCCCUGGCGGCGCGUUGGCGCGCUCGGCGUAUUGCAGCGGCACCACCAGCACAUCCGGACUUGCGCGCCGCACACCGCGAGGACGUUCGGAACCUUGACCAAGCGGAACUCCGACGCCCUGCGGAUACUAUUCUGCGGCUCGGACGCGUUUAGCUGCGCGUCGCUCGCGGCGCUGCACGCGGAGCAUCGCCGCAACGAGGAGCUGGUGGAGAGCAUCGAGGUGAUGGUGCAGCCGGGGAAGCGCGUGGGCAGGGGGUUCACGAAGCUCCCUCGAGGCACCAACUUGAUCGUCGCCGUGUCCUUUGGGCUGUUUGUGCCCCCGAGGAUACUCUCCUCUGCGAGGUACGGCGGCCUCAACGUCCAUCCCUCGCUUCUUCCCCACCUCCGCGGCCCGGCGCCGAUCCAUCACGCCUACCUCCGCGGGGACCCCUUCACCGGCGUCUCCCUGCAGACCCUCGACCCGCGGGCCUUUGACCACGGCACCGUCCUCGCGCAGACGCCCGAGCCGGGCAUCCCCAUCGCCCCCGGGCAGACGUUCGCGCAGCUCCGGGACGAGCUGGCCGCGCGCGGCGCCGAGAUGCUCGUUCAGGGCCUGCGCGACCGCGUGCACGUCCCGCCGCACGAGGUCGCCACGGGCGGAGAAGGAGCAGGAGGAGGAGGCCUGGUGCACGCGCCGAAGAUGAGCAAGGCGGACGCGGAGGUGCGCUGGGCGGAGUGGCGCGCGGAGGACUGGCGCAGACGGAUGAGCGUGUUCGGCGCGGCGUGGACGCGCUGCGCCGUGGCGGCGGCGGCGGGCCAGGAGAAGAAGAGGGUGCUGUUCACGAAAGGUGGCGCGGCGGAUGCCGUGGCGGGGAGGGAGGAGGAGGAGGAGCGGACGAUUCGGGUUUUCGAGGAGGGGGCGGCGGACGGUGGGAGGGAGGUCAGGGUCAGGGUCGACGAAGCGUCGGGCACGUGCUACGUCGAGGAUGCCGAGGGGGCGUGGGUGGCCGUGGAGAGGGCGAAGCUGGAGGGGGAGAGGGAGAAGGAUGCGGCGGCGGCGCUGAGGACGCUGUUCCGAGACGUCGCGUAG